CUUUUUUACACGUUUUAAUUACCUAAUAGUAGAUGAGUUACCGUUAUCAAGAUCUGAGUGCAAUUUUCUAAUGGGCACACAAUGUAUAACUACGGUACUUAUCAUGCGUCAUAUGUCAGAUCGUCCCCAUCUUCGCAUACUGUGGCAUUUUGGGAUUGCGAUAAUUACUAAAUUGAUAUCCAAAGGAUUUAUAUCGAUUGUACUAUAAUAUAGUUGGUAUCGAAUCAAUUCAAAUAUUGUUCGACAUACAAAUUUUACUUAUGGAAACUCGAUAGAGGUCAAGAAAGCAUAAUUUCACAUUAUUUAUUUAUUUAUUUCUUGAUUUAAAUAUGGAUGUCUUCCUUGAUUAUUGCCGUAAAGAUGUGGAUAUCAGCAAAGAUGCAGCUAGUGAAUUAUUGCUUGCAAAGCAUAUGGAUUUCAUCGAGCGUUAUGUCAAAAACAAGGAAUCUUAUGAAAGUAUCACUACAGAAUAUCUUCGAAUGAGUGGUAUCUAUUGGUGCUUGCAAGCAAUGGACAUAAUGGGCAAAUUAGAUAAAAUGGAUGUUAAUGAGAUUAUUAUUUACGUGAAGCAAUGUCAGCAACCAAAUGGUGGCUUUGCUCCUGCUGAACACCACGAUGCCCACUUAUUGCAUACACUGAGUGCUGUACAAAUAAUGGUAAUGCUGGGUAAACUGGAUGAAAUUGAUACAAAUGCGGUGGCCUGUUAUGUCACAUCCUUACAAAAUGAGGAUGGAAGUUUUGGCGGUGAUGAAUACAAUGAGAUUGAUACGCGCUUCUCAUUCUGUGCAUUGGCUACGCUCCAUUUGAUUAGAAAGUUAGAAAACUCGGUAAACGUAGAAAAGGCUAUUGAUUUCAUCCUUCAUUGUUACAAUUUCGACGGUGGAUUUGGAACCAGGCCUGGUUCGGAAAGCCAUGCCGGACAGGUAUAUUGUUGUUUGGGAAGCCUAGCGAUAGCGGAUUGCUUAGAAAUGAUCGACGUUCAGCGAACAGCACGAUGGCUGGCCGAAAGACAAUGCCGAUCAGGUGGCCUGAAUGGUAGACCAGAAAAAUUACCAGAUGUAUGUUACUCAUGGUGGGUACUUGCAUCACUGAAAAUACUUGGACGAUUACACUGGAUUGAUAAUAAGUCGAUGAUAAAAUUUGUAUUAGCUUGUCAAGACAGCGAUGGUGGUUUUGCUGAUAGACCGGGAGAUGUGGCUGAUCCUUUCCACACUGUUUUUGGUCUGGCAGGACUGAGCUUACUUGGUGCUUACAGUAAUUUGUUGGCAACAGUUGACCCUGUGUUUUGCAUGGGAAAAAAUUGUCUUGGUGAUUUAUCUAUCUCUUAAGAAAAAUCAUUGUUAAAAAAAAAUAUAUGGUAGACUGCUUCACUCUUUCAGUGAGGUAAUCGCAUUAUUUAUUGCUACGAACUGUGGCAAUCUCUUUAUUGUGCUAGAUAAUACUUUUUAGAGUCCC